GAGGAGCCGGGAGGCGCGCGAACUUUCUAAAGAGUGAAGAAUUGAGUAGCUCCAAUCACGACAGAAUCUUGAAUAUAUAACCCUGUUCCUGCCUUGCCAAAAAGGGCCAGCCUCUCCUCAUGCUUCGGAACGGUUCCUUCUGAGUCCACAAAUAAAAGCCCAGGGCAGCCACAGCCCCCCUUUACGUUCCACCCACGAGGGACUGCAGUGGAGAUGAGGAAUUCGGAAGAGCAAACUUCGACGACAGUCUUACAGCGUUUGCUGCAGGAGCAGCUCCGAUAUGGGAAUCCCAACGAGAGCCGCACCCUCCUUGCUUUGCACCAGCAGGCCACGGGCAGCACCCUGCCUUUUGCCAGCAACGGGAGCCCCGGGGCUCCCAACGAAGGGCUGAGCAACCAGGACCACCCCAUUGGGACCCAUGUUGCCCGCCAGGAGCCCCAGGGCCAGGAGAUUCAAAUGGACAACAGUAUCAUGGAGAAGCAGCUCUCGCCGAGGCUCCAGGCAGGUGAGGACCUCCCGACCUACGAAGAAGCCAAAGUCCAGUCCCAGUACUUCAGGGGCCAGCCACACACCAGCGUCGGGGCGGCAUUUUACGUGACUGGUGUCUCCAACCAGAAGAUGAGGACCGAAGGGCGCCCCACGGUGCAGCGGCUGAGCCCAGGGAAGGUCCACCAGGACGAAGGACUGAAGGACCUCAAGCAGGGACACGUCCGCUCCCUGAGCGAGCGGCUGAUGCAGCUGUCCCUGGCCACCAGCGGCGUGAAGGCCCACGCCCCCAUCACCAGCGCCCCGCUCUCCCCGCUCUCCUCCCAGCAGACCAACGACUUCUACAAGACCCCCGGGGCAGCCCCUCCGCAGCCCGGCGUGAAAGGGAUGGAGCACCGGGGGCCGCCUCCCGAAUACCCGUACAAGAACAUGUCCAGCCCGUCCAUGAGCUGUAAGCCCCAGGAGCCCGGGCAUUUCUAUGGUGACUACCGUCUACCCCAGCAAGGGCGUGCCGACGGGCCUGCAGUGAGGUACCAGCACCCCCCUGAAUACGGCUCGUUCCGGCAAAACCCAGAAAUUCAGCUCCCAUUCCAACAACGACCUCCACACCACCACAGCCCAACCUCUUCGCUGACCUCUUUGGGGUCCCUGACGCUGUUACAGUCACUGCCGCCUUCCAGGUUGUCGCCUUCCCAGCAUCACCCUCCUCUGACUCCCAACCAAGGAGACCCGUUCUCUCUGCCACGGACGCAGCAGCUGUUUUUGCCCCACCAGAUCCACCAGGGUGACCUUUACCGACUCUGCCAACCUGUUAUUGGGCAGCAGCCACACCAGCAAGGGGACUCUUACUCGGCCCUGCCCAGGCCCCCACCAGCACCUUCUCCCUAUCAACAAAUGCCGGUGGACCCCUAUGUCAUCGUCUCCAGGGCCCAGCAGAUGGUGGAGAUCCUCUCUGAGGAGAACAAGUCUCUACGGCAAGAACUGGAUGGGUGCUACGAAAAAGUAGCAAGGCUGCAAAAGCUGGAAACGGAAAUCCAACAAGUUUCAGAGGCCUAUAAAAAUCUGGAGAAGUCUUCCUCAAAGCGGGAGGCUCUGGAAAAGACCAUGAGAAACAAGCUGGAAUGUGAAAUACGCAGACUCCAUGACUUCAAUCGUGAUCUCAGAGAACGUAUGGAUACAGCGAAUAAGCAACUUGCAGAGAAAGAAUUUGAAGGCACUGAGGAUAACAGGAAAACCAUCUCCCAGCUCUUUGCACAAAACAAAGAAACGCAGAGGGAAAAGGAGAAACUGGAAGUGGAGCUGGCAGGGCUUCGCUCGACUAACGAGGAGCAGCGGAGGCACAUUGAGAUACGCGAUCAGGCACUGAACAACGCGCAGGCCAAGGUGGUGAAGCUCGAGGAAGAACUGAAGAAGAAGCAGGUUUAUGUGGAGAAGGUAGAGAAGAUGCAGCAGGCAUUGGUUCAACUACAGGCCGCUUGUGAGAAGCGGGAACAGCUGGAGCACCGGCUCCGGACUCGGUUGGAAAGAGAACUCGAAUCGCUCCGGAUGCAGCAGCGCCAGGGAACCUCUCAGACGGCCAACACCUCCGAGUACAAUGCAGCUGCCCUGAUGGAGCUCUUGCGCGAAAAGGAGGAGAGGAUUCUGGCUCUGGAGGCGGACAUGACGAAAUGGGAGCAGAAGUAUCUGGAAGAAAGUGUCAUGCGGCAGUUUGCGCUGGAUGCGGCGGCCACUGUGGCUGCUCACCGGGACACCACUGUCAUCAGCCAUUCGCCCAAUGCCAGCUACGACACCUCCCUGGAGGCUCGCAUCCAGAAGGAAGAGGAAGAGAUCCUCAUGGCUAACCGGAGGUGCCUUGACAUGGAGGGCAGAAUCAAGACUCUCCAUGCUCAGAUCAUUGAGAAGGAUGCCAUGAUCAAGGUCCUUCAACAGCGGUCCCGGAAGGAGGCCAGCAAGACCGACCAGCUGUCCUCCAUGCGCCCAGCCAAGUCCCUGAUCUCCAUCUCCAAUGCCGGGUCCGGCUUGCUCUCCCACUCCUCCACGCUCAGCAGCACCCCCAUCCUGGAAGAGAAGAGGGAGGACAAGAGCUGGAAAGGCAGCCUGGGCAUUCUGCUGGGAACGGAAUGCCGCUCGGAGUCUGUCCCGUCCACCCCCUCGCCGGUCCUUCCCUCCACGCCGCUGCUUUCUGCACACUCCAAGACGGGCAGCCGGGACUGCAGCACCCAGACGGACCGGGGCGGCGAGCAGAGCAAGGCCCCCACCGCCUCCCCUGCGCCCCCCACCCCGGGGAGACUCCCGGCAGUGAACCUGGCCUACGGGGCAGACAAAGCAGACGGCUCCGUUUUCCAUUCGAGCACCCUAGAAAGGAAAAACCCACCUCAGAAUUUGGGGCAGGACCUCAACGACGGAGAAAUGGUGGAGUAUCUCAUCUGAGAAAAAAACACGCAGAGGGCCUAGCAAGAAUAAUUUCCCCGGAUGCCUUUUUUAAAUAGAAGUUACAGUUACUGUCUCAUAAAGGAACCUUCCUUCCUUUUUUUUUUUUGUUAUUUGUGUAUAUACUUUUCUCUCAAAGUUAUGGACAGGUUAACUUAUAAUUUGUUCCAAGAUCAUUAAACUAGUUUAAGAAUUGUUUUCCCUAUCUUUUUUUUUUUAAUACUGGAUCUGAUAGCAGCUGGAUGAAAGUAAACCAAGGUCUUAAAUGCACUAAAUUUUUAAAAUUUCAGUAUUUUUUAAAAAAAGCUUGUAUUUAAGAGAAACUUGUUGAGCUGUCUGGGUAUCCGUAAUGCCUUUCCAAGCCUGAGCUCACGGGUUUUCGCAAGAGUUGGGCCAUACCAUGGUGCUGCCGCUUUUGAGUAUUAAGUUUCCCGAAGAUUUCGGUUUCCUCAGAAUCUUUGAGCCUCCAAGAGGCAGAAGGAAACUUUCCCUCCAUGUUUUCCUUCUGAGAUGAAUGUCCCAUUUUCGCAGAACAUUCCAGGACUGGAGAAAAAAAUCCAGACAAAAAGACAGACUUUCACAACGUGCCUGCACUUAGAUUUUUUUUUUCUUUAGUGUUCAUGUCUUGUCUUUCUGUUGAGGUAUCUUGAGGUUUCAAGGGGUGUCAUUUCCAUGUGUCACAGGAUAAGGAAUAAUAUCCGCCAUUCGGGUUUUGGAUGAAGAAGCCGUGAGAGCCUCUUCUGCAUGAAUUCUGUUCGGUCCAGAUGAAGCCUGGUUAUUCCAUUGGCUGGACUGGACAGAUUUCUCACACUUGUAGAGGCUUCAAGACAGCCUCUGAACACACAAGAGGCGAUUCUUUAUGCAACCAGGCUAAAAGGACUUUUUUUCCCUUUUUCUAUGCCCCGUUUUCCACUUUUUCACCCCCCAGUGGUUUGAUUGUAUCUCUGAAUCACCGUAUGUUGUGAUUUAGUGCCUUACUCAAGACUAUAUUUACAGCAGGGUCAGUGUUUUCAGAAGUAAUAAAAGCAUGUGGAUCAAAAAAA